AUGCAACCGCGUCAUCGUCAUCCGUUGGGAUCAAUCACUUCUAGGAAAACCUACCAGAGUAGAGUAGAUUGCCCGUUACAAAUACCAGAACCCAGGGAGCCUAGCUGUUUUAUUCUCGCGGAUCAUUCCGGCCCGUAUACCAUGUGGCGCAUUUUAGUGUCCUUUGGUUUGAGCGGUGAUAGGUUCCACUUUGAUGAAAAUGGAGACGGUCCAGCUCGCUACAACAUUAUCCAUUUCAAACAAAUCCAGCCUGGAAAAUAUCAAUGGGUUAGAGUUGGGGAGUAUCUGGAAGGAGCAUUGGAACUUAAUAUGUCUGAAAUUCAGUUUAGGCUGAGCCAACCGAAACAUCCAGAGUCAGUAUGCAGUUUGCCGUGCGCUGUAGGUCAAGCCAAGAAAUACGUCGAAAAAGAGAGUUGCUGCUGGCAUUGCUUCAAUUGUACUCAAUAUCAGGUUCGUUCGCCAUUUGAUGCAACACAAUGCGUAGCUUGUCCAAUGGGAGAGCUGCCGGAUUCCCAGCACGUUCGUUGCAUUCCGAUUCCAGAAGAAUAUCUGCAGCCUGACAGCGGCUGGGCCAUUGGAGCUAUGGGUCUCAGUUCCACCGGGAUGUUGAUUACUUUAUUCGUGUUCGGCGUAUUCAUUAAGCACAAUACUACGCCUGUAGUGAGAGCAGCUGGAAGGGAACUCAGUUAUACUUUGUUGGCUGGAAUUCUGAUGUGCUAUAGUGUCACUUAUGCGUUGGUUUUGAAACCUACCGAUGUCGUUUGUGGGAUUCAAAGGAUUUAUGAAUAUGAUGGUUUAGUAUGCGAAGACUUUAUCAUGUACCGGAUCGUACUGAUAAAUGGAAUAUGGAUGAUAAUCGCCCCUCCUAGAGCUAUUCACCAUUAUCCACUAAGAGAAGACAACCUAUUAGUAUGCUCAUCCUAUAUAGACGCAUCAUACAUGAUAGCGUUUACUUAUCCGAUAUUCCUUAUUGUUGUGUGUACCAUUUAUGCAGUUUUGACAAGAAAAAUUCCAGAAGCUUUUAAUGAAUCCAAACACAUCGGUUUCACAAUGUAUACUACUUGCGUAAUAUGGUUAGCAUUUGUCCCGCUUUACUUUGGUACUGCCAAUCACGUAGCUCUGAGAAUAACUAGCAUGUCUGUCACCAUUAGCUUGUCAGCCACAGUGACUCUAACAUGUUUGUUUUCCCCAAAGCUCUACAUAAUCCUGAUUCGACCUGAACGUAACGUGCGCCAGAGCAUGAUGCCGAUGAGGUACAGUGCCAUCAAUAAGAGCUCAGUAACUGCUGGUUCUGGCAGCAUGAUGGCCGCUGUAGUUGUCACAGCUGCAACUUGUGACCAAAAUCAGAAAAUACAGAAAGCUGUUACACCAGUAGAUAAUGAUAUUGACCAAACUGGUGGAGGUCUUUCCUCAGGAAACUGA